AUGAGGCCUAUCGUCCUUCGAGAGAAUCCCAGGCCAGAUGACGACUCGUGGAAUUUCAUUGCUGUCAUGCCAACCACUAUACGUCCAGGAUAUGGCAAACAUAUCCUCUUCUCUCCUCAAGCCAUCAAACUCGACAUCACGCAAUUCCCCGCAAAUCGCAUCUUACGCGCAGAUGAUAUCUCCAAGUUUGUCUUGGUGUCAUUUGAGAGCUUAAGAUUCCCGGACACACCCUUUUCUGCAACACGAGAUUAUUUGAUUAGACUUUUCAAAGCGGGGUUGUUCCUCAAUGGAGUACAGUACCGAUUCUAUGGACAUAGCAAUUCGCAACUGAGAUCGCGCAGUUGUUUUCUACGCGAGGCCAAUACAGAUCAAGAGCUGAAUGAUCGCCUCUAUGCUUUCGGGGACUUUAAAAAGAUCAUGAAUGUCGCCAAACGUGCUAAAAGGAUAGGCCUUCUGUUUUCCAAAGCUGAAUUGGACUGGAACCUGGAUCCCCGCUGGACGCAAGAUAUCGAUGAUAUCGUAAUCAACGGAGAAACAUUUUCCGAUGGUUGCGGUCUCAUGUCGAAGCGCUUCGCUGUCCAGCUCAGUCGCCACAAACGAUACAUAUAUCAUGGUCGACCGUAUACACCUUGCAUCUUCCAGAUUCGGUACCGUAGAGAAAGGUGGUCAUCAGUACUGACGCUGUCUAUGUCUACAAAGGGCGUAUUGAUGUUACACCCGGAACUGGCCGAGAACUAUCACGUUCAAUUCCGAGCAAGUCAAAGGAAGUUCAUUGCUACACAAGAUAACACGUUCUCUGUAGUCGACCACUCGACGCCUUAUGCAUUCGGACGUUUGAAUAACGAUGUCAUUGUCCUCAUGGCCAGUCUUGGUAUCACCUCCGAAACCUUUCUGGCUAAGCAGGAGGCAUACCAUCACUGGAUUCGCGCCGCAUCCAACGACUGGGAAGUUGCCUUUAAUUUCCUCUGCGCUUUGGGGCACUAUGGCACGGCUGAACGUCUCCUUCUUGACGGAAUAGAGUCGGCCGAAGUGAAGGCAAAGAUCCGCUCAUCCCAAAUGUCUGAGCUUGCGGCAUUCAAGAAGAACGAAAAGUAUCGCUCAAGAAUGGUUGUUCUCAAAUCUCGUCUACUCUUUGGUGUCUGCGAUCCCUACGGCGUCUUGGAUGAAGGGGAGGUGCAUGUGCGGGUAUCAGUCCCUCGCCGGGGAGCAUCAACCUUGACAAAUACAGAUGUCAUGGUCGUGCGCAAUCCUUGCCUUCAUCCAGGAGACUGUUUAAAGCUCCGCACUGUCGAUCAUCCUCGCCUGUCCCAUCUCGUGGACUGUGUUGUCUUCGCUUCCAGAGAUGGCGACAAAUUCCUUGUGAUAUGGGAUCCCGAUCUGGUUCCAAAGAAGGUUGCAGAGUCAUACACGUAUCCUCCGGCCAAGGAACGCGUGAGUGUUCAGGUUUCCAGGGAAGACCUUGCGAAGCAUUUUGCUUCGUACAAUACCAUGGCGCUCGGCACCAUCACUAGUCUUCACGCGAAGUGGGUUCGAUCUAGUCCAAAAGGGGCCAUGAGCGACGAGUGCCAAGAUCUCAACGCAUUGCACUCCCAGGCCGUCGAUGGCGCGUCUGUCAAGAUACCGGAGCGUCUGCGUUCGCCUCCAGAGCCCGACUCUCCAUAUGUCAUCGAUCUGUUGCAGGAUUCUGCGAAGAGGUUUUUUGAGACAUACAUACAGUCGGAACCUGAUGCUCUGGAGGCACAGACCUUGUCUCCGGAAGCAGCGGGCGAAGUUCUCGCACGAUUUCUAUCUACCGAAAAGACGGCGCUAUCGGAAUGCGAGGUUGUGACUAUGGCAGCUGCGUUCGCGCGAAGAAAUGGCAUCAGUUUGAGACCUUACUUAUGUCACAUCGACUUUGGAGCAUUGGCGACUUCGGAGAAGCAUGCACUCAGCCUACAGCUAGGCUUGACUCCGGAACACGAUCCGUAUAUAUGGAACAGCCGCUUCAUCAGUCUCAUACGCUCUGAGAUUCUGCGCUCUCGUGACCUAUCUACUCGCGAUCUUGGGGGACCACUGCGGUUGCAGAAGCUAUACUCUUCAUCGGAGCAAGGGCGCGCCGCUUUCUUCGAAUACUUGAAGGAUGCCACACAGCAAUACAAUCGCCGACUAAUGAUCCUGAAGACGGACGAUAGGUUUUCAGUGGGUAUUUUUCUCCGGGGACCGAUCCCAUGGGAUGAAGAGCCCGAAAUAAACGACAACGUCCUGGUCUGCCCAUUCAUGCCCAUCGCCUCUGAGGUGUCGUCGACGUACUGGCGGGGAACGAAGGGAUACAGGCUUCACUGCAGUGACAAUCUCAUGCAAUUAUAUGACCAACAGAGGGGCAAUACAUUCAUUUUCGUCAAUAGACCACCCAUAAAGUCAGACGUAGACAUCGUCACAAGCAUCGCAUUGCAAAAGAUUUCUGGACGAGUCCAGAAGCAAUGCGGCCGCAUCUAUCGUACACCUGUUGUAGCAAUUGAGAUUCAUGUCGUUUCGAAUCGAGACCGCGUCGCAUGCCAGGCCUUCGAUCUACGUUAUGAACAGGUGCCGACCGAAGAAUUCAUGCGUAGAUUUGACCACAAGCCUCAGCAAUUCACGCCUAAUAGCAUCCGUGAUCUUGAUUGGACAGACGACGAAACAGGCGGACGCUUGUUCGCUGGCACAAAGCAGGAUGCGGAGGAUGUUCUUGCAUCCAUGGAGGUUGAGCUUCUGCAGAAGUAUUUCCACAUCGCCAUCGCAAAUCGCGCAGAGGAUAGGCUCUUCUGGAUAUUCGAGACUCUCCUCAAGAUGGAACCUCUACCUGAAGUUCGGAUAACUGAUUGCAUUGAUCAGCAUGCGUUUCUUGCCUACUCCGUCCUGAAGAAAUACCUCCCCGAUGGCCCUGCUCUGCUUCCUCCUGUAGCUGCGCCGCUUGGUCCUACCAUCUUGCGCGGGAUCGUGCGAUCUGCCAAUACGCUCGGCAUCGCUUCGUUAGCGGCCCUGGAGAGACUUGCCUCAGCGACUGAUUCCCUCGAUCUUACCACUUAUUUCGAUACUCUCUGGUGGGUCGCGCUUAGCGUGCGACCAUCUACUCUCGUACAAGAAUUACUGCUUGUUCUGCAUGAUAGCCGAACCGGCAAGACACAGAACAAGACGUAUGAAUAUGCUCAUAAAUAUCUGUUGGGUGUCGCGUUCGACAGAGCCGAAGAAGCUGCAGAUGCUUGCCCUUGCGAUGAUGCUGGACGACCAAAGCGGCAGCGUGUAGCUCCUGUGCAUGCAAGAUUGGUUGCUCCGAAGAGGGACCAAGAGGAAGAAGUUGCCGGCAGUGAGGACAAGUAUCCAACACACGUGAUGGCUCAUAUCCGUGUCGAUGCUCAGACAAAUAUUCGCAUUCAUUCUCAUAUUCGUCUCCGACUUGCAUCACCCGUCGAUGGAUCAGACCUGCUCGCACUCGGCACGACUGUCCUUGACGGGGUGGUCCUGCGUGCAGGGAAAGGAGAGUUAUUUCUCGAGUUGAAACACCCGCUACCACCAGAGUACCAAAGAGUCGACUGGUACCUAUAUGACGCUGGAAGUAUCGCGACCUCGAAAGCAAUGAUGGAUGCCGUUUUGAGGCUUGCUACCGAAGGAUCUGAGUGUUGCUCGUUCAGUGACAUCAUAGCAGGUGAUGAGGCUGUCCUGGAUCCUGCUACCGAAGAGCAGACCACUGCCGAUGGACUCGAUGAAGACCUCCCUUCAUUGAAUGACAGUCAGAAGGCUGCUGUACGCGCUGCGGGAAGCAGCACGCUGGCAUUGAUAUGGGGUCCUCCCGGGACGGGAAAGACCACAGUGGUCGUUCAGAUCUUGAUACACUUCAUCAAAAGUAGUCCUGGCACGAAAAUACUGAUGACGGCGUCCACACACAACGCUGUGGAUAAUGUACUUGAACGAUUCCUCGUUGAAAACGGGGCCAAUGGGCUACUCGCGCAGGACCAGAUAUUGCGGGUGGCCACAGAGAGCUCGAAGGUCAACAAGGCCUUGCAAAAGUUCACGAUCGACGCUCGCGUAGGGGGUAGCAUGAACGAAAAUCCGCGUCUGAUGCAGAAGGCACAACAGAGAGCCAAAGAAGCAAGCAUUGUCUUCACCACUUGCAGUGGCGCGGGAUUGGGCGUCUUGCGGAACAUGGACUUUGAGAUCGUGUUGAUUGAUGAAGCAUCGCAGAUCACUGAGCCCUGUGCCUUGAUCCCACUAGUGAAAGGUUGUCAGCGCGCAGUUCUGGUUGGUGACCAUGUCCAGCUUCGUCCGACGGUCCGUCCCAUGGCAAAGGCAUUGGAGUUUGAUCGCUCCCUUUUUGAACGUCUGUAUACCGGCCCGGCUUACGCUCGAAUGACUAGAACUAUGCUGGAUUUCUACCAAGGCAGAUUGCGGACGGGCACUCCGAGAGAAGAUGAGAUUCGGAUGACGCUGGGGUCCUCCAUCUUCCCUUGGCCUACUGAACAGUCAAGAAUAUUCCCGGUAGUAUUCGUUCCUUGCGCAGCCGAGGAAGAUCACGGCAGAUCGUCGAAAGGCAACUCAGGCCAAGUCGAGCUCGCUAAAUACAUCCUUGGGCUGCUCAGGGCUGCGCGUGGUAAUGAGGUCGCAGAGGAGACUGCCCGUGUGCAAGGCGUCUCAAUCGCUGUCCUAACGCCUUACUCCCGACAGGUGCAGAUGUUAAAACAAACGAUAUCUUCCUCCAUGAACGUGGUGGGACGCGAGGCAGACAUUGUCGUGUUCUCUACCGUGCGUUCGAACAUGGAAGGAGAUAUUGGAUUUUUGGAGGACGAAAGGCGACUGAACGUCGCCUGGACACGUCCGAAGCUGGGUUUGAUUAUCGUAGGCCAUCGCCAUACCUUGCAGGCCAACAGUACGCUGUGGAAGAGCGCACUCGCCUAUUGCAAAGAAGUAGUCAUCAGUCCUCCGGAGCCGAACUGA